UUUAAGUUUUAGGCAUGAAAGAGAAAAAAAAAUAUGAGGGGAGGAAGAAAAUAGAAACAGAGGAGGGGAGAGGAAGAACAAGAGUGAGAGUCCUACUUUUUUUUUUUUUGAUCCGGCAUUGAUUUCCAGUGAUGGAGCUCACAGUGACAAUAUCCGUGGCUGUGGCAUUGGUGGUCACCUUCGUCGUCGUCGUGCUUAGAUCCGUCCUCUCGCUGCGCCGUCGGCGGAAGGCGCUGAACCUCCCACCAAGCCCGCGGGGGUGGCCGGUGUUCGGCAGCCUCGGUUUGCUGGCGGGCGCGCUCCCGCCGCACCGCGCACCAGCCGCGCUCGUGUCGCGCCACGGCCCGCUCAUGCACCUCCUGCUCGGCUCCUUCCACGCCGAGGUUGCCUCCUCCGCGGAUGUCGCGCGGCUAGUCCUCAAGACCCACGAUCUCACCCUCGCCGACCGCCCGUCCAUGGCCGCCGGCGCUAUCGUCUCCUACGGCUACAGGGGCAUCCUGCACACCCUGGUGGACGUGCUGCUGCAGCUAGCCGAGGACGUGGUGCGCCGCGGGCGCUGGGUCUCGGAGCGCGACCUUCCGGAGCUCCCCUAUGCGGACGCCGUGGUGAAGGAGACGAUGCGGCUGCACCCGGUGGGCCCGCUCCUGGUCCCGCACCACGUCCGCGAGGACACGAGGGUCGGCGGCUAGUGACGUCCCUCGGUCCCUACGGGCACGCGCGUGCUGGUGAACGUGUGGGCCGUGGCGCGCGACCCGGCGUCGUGGCCCGACGCGUUCCGGCUUGAGCGGUUGUGCCCGGCAUACAACCUCGCGAUGAAGGAGGCCGCGGCGAACCUGGUGCACGGGUUCUGGAUUUUCUGGUGGCGGCUGCCGGACGGGGUGGCGCCCGAGGACGUGCGCAUGGGGGAGUUCGUUGGGCUGUCGGUGCGCCGGAAGCUGCCGUUCGUCGCCGUUGCCGAGACCAGGCUGCCGGCCCACCUCUACGUCGCCGUCGACUAAAGCAACCGGGUUUACGCCAUUUCAGGCGUUAAUCAAUGUUUUUCCCCCUUGACGACAAUUGUUGUAUUUUCGGUAA